AGGGUCAAAAAAAGACGGCUGGGUUUACUAUCUUAGAAUACGCCGCCGCCGAGAAAAAAUAAUAAAAGACACACCGGACAAAGACUUGAAUGACGAUGACUUUUUCUGGGUGUCUGGUAAUUUUGAAUAUCAGCAAGCCCAGAUCCCUGGCCGAAGUAUAAACUGGAAUAAAGGAGAACCUGGUAUAAUUACUUCGGUUUGUUGGCAUGCUUUGUUUUAUUUCAGUUACCCGUUCCUGAUCCGAACUAACAGUUUGUCUUCUUUAUGCAGAUUCAGCCCAUCUUCAAUCCUUGUACAGUUACCCCAACCUGAACACUAUCUGCGCCGCACUACGUUUUCCAGAAAGAAAUUGGGCCAAACUUCUAAAUUUCAAACCGACAUACAAAUACAGCGGCUGCUGAAAAGCCAGAGUAACUGAUUUUUUGUUGGAGGACGCCCCCGAACCGGACCCAACCUUGCCACAAAUUAACCUAAUCCCACUAACUGCUGAAGAAGAAAUGGCCAAGAAAAACAGAGUCAGGGCCCUCUUGACCGAGACAAACAGGGCCGAGGUACCACCACCAAACCAAACACAAGAAACCGUGGUGGCCUUACCAUCACAACAACCCUCCUUAUCACGCCGAACUAAGCGCGCCCGUACUACCCAGACCGAACAACGCUUAGUUGAUGAGGACGAAACCACUCUGCCACCAAGCCCUCCAUCGAGCUCGCAACCGGAACACGCCGACCGAGCCAGCUCUUCCAAAUGGGCACCCAAACUGACUUUCCAGAACCGUAAUAUUCAGGACAUUGAUUCAGUUGUCGCUGAAAAAGACCAUCUGAUGGCUUUCAACCUUGCCAAGAGUGUGUGCCUCCCAGCCGACAUGGAACACCACAAGAACUUGACCGAGCUAAAGGCCAUCCUCUCGGCCACGAAAUCAAUGAUCCUGGUCAUGCAAAAGGGCCAAAUUGCGCAUAAAAAGGUGUUGGAGCUCAGGAACACAGCAAGGCAAGCCAUGGCAAAGGUUGAAGCAAAAACAACCGAACUGAAGGAGUCCUACCAGAAAACGGCCGAGCUAGAGACCGAGGUAGCUCGUCUGACCAGACUAGUUACCUCGGCCGAUGCAGACAAACAGAAGGCCCUAGCUGUGAUGAAGGAUAAGUACCUUCAUGAGCUAGUUAAGCUCGAAGGUAAGAAGGACGCCGAGAUAACGGAGCUGAAGAAGAAGGCAGAAGACGCUGAGUUCCGAGGUUUCAAGGAGGGCGAAGCCCUUUAUAUCAAACAAUGUGAAGCUGCCAAGGAUCUCUUCUUCAAGUGCGGUUGGAGAGCGACUGUAGAGCAGCUCGAUCACGGUCUAGGGACUGAGGUCUUCAACGCUCCAACAUACUUCAUUCCGGGCUCUAUGGCGGAAUAUGCUGCUGCUCUUCAGCAACAGUUUCUUGAGGACUCAGAUGAUGAUGAAGAAGAAGCUGUGCCAAAGGAUACUCCGGUUGUCAGUGACCCUGUCGAACAAUCAGUUCGGUUGGAGCCAUUGGUGGAAGACCUGACCGGCGAGUUCCCUACUGAAACCGUACCUCCAGCUGACACCGAGCUCUCAACCGAGGCCGUGCCACCGUCCGAAACCGGGCUUCGUGUUGAUAUUGAUGCUGAUCUUGACGCUGAAAUAGAUGAUCUUUUUAACUGAUUUUGUAUUUUUCUUUUCUUGUUUUUGGUCUUGUAACCGGGCUGAAGCCCCUCCUUUGUAUUUCGCUUUGAAUUUGAUCAAUGAAAAUCAUCUUUUG